GAAAAGCCUUGAGAUUUGUCCAUAGCCAACCAAAGACAUGGCGAGUACAAUGAUUUUAGCUCUCUUUCUUCUUUCUGUCCUAACCUUCUACCCUUCUUCAAUCACUGCUCAAGUGACCGACGGGAGUGGUAAAAUCGCUACUAAUGGUGGCGUAUUCUAUAUAACACCACGCAUAUUUUCGCAGGGCGGUGGAAUUCGACGAAUUAAAACUGGAAACGAAACUAGCCGUUUCUCAGUUGUGCAGUCUCGCAUUGAGACCGAUCCAGGGCUUCCAUUGAGAAUUGCAUCCCCAUACCUUGUCACAUUUAUCCCUCAAGGCCCUGUGUUCAUUAGCUUCGUAGAUGAUCCUGUCGGUGCCAACCCUCUCGAGUGGACCGCUGUUGAGGUUCUGUCUGAAGGAACCUUCGUUAAAGUUGGCUAUCCAAAUUCAUUUAAAGGGUACUUCAUUAUUGAGGCAGCUUCCUCAGCCAAUACCUACAAGCUUUUGUACUGUGCAUUUGGAGCCAGCCUCUGCGGUAAUGUUGCCAUUGUUAAGGAUGAAGCAGGGAACAGGCUUUUGGCCGUCAAUCAGAAAACCCCAUUCGAGUUUAUUCUUACGCCAGUUCUACAGCCGCGUCUAAAUGAACNACUAUCCAUGAAAACUCGUGCUUGAUGCAUCUACUGUAUGCUUAGGAUGUAACUAUCUACUUCAAGAAUAAAUAAAACAUCCAAAGCUUAUGUGUUCG